CAGCUUUACCCCUGCUCGGCUCGUGUGCUGCUCUGGCAGCGCGGAGGUCUAAAGUCAAAGCUGGUUUUUCCUGCUCAGCAGCUCAGGAGAGAGAAAGGAAAAGGAAAAAAAAAAAAAAAGUUUUGCUCUUCCCGUGCUCUGGCGGUCGCGUAGACACGUGCGUAACCAUCCUCUGGCAGGAAGUUUCAUUGAUCCGUCUAGUUUUGUGAUAACUUGGUGUUCGCUGGUUUUAAUGAAGGUUUGAUGAGGGAGAAAGGGUCUGCAAUCGCCUGAUUCACACCUCACAUUCCCUAGUGCGGAGCGAAUAUCUAUGAAUGAAAUGUAUAUAUCUCCGUAUUGAAAUAUACACAAAUACUUGUAUAUUACCUCUGUCUGAAACCUUAGUCUGCAAAUUACUUUUACUGGGGCGGAGCGGAGGCAACGCAAGAACUUGUUUGUCUCCUGGCUGGGAAUAGUGGGACUGGAGUGCUGCCUGCUCCUGAGCGCUCCGGGAUUCCUGGUGCUGCAGGGAUCCGGGCGCUCGGGUCUGCCGGGGCCUCUGCAGCUCCUGUUCACCUGUGGGAAGGGUGAGGAGGUUUUCAGUGUUUGCCUCAAGCCUCUCAAUUUGAGCUGCUGCAGGGUGUAUUAAAAGGUGUAUUAGGGUUAGCUAAUUCAGCAUGGAUAUGACACGCUGGCACGGCACACCACGCCAUAUUUUUAGAAAGUGUAGUGCUUUUGUGGCUUCUGACAGCUUGCUGAGGAAUUAAGGGUUUACCUGGUUAUAACUCAGAGCAAAUGUUAAUAGUUGCCUCAGUAAAGAAAAACAACUGUUGCAAUUGUGCUAUUUUUAUCCACACAUCCUUUUUCUUUGCUCAUUACCUUAUCUGCCUAUGACUUGGUCACUUGAUUCACCCCGCUCUUUGCAUAUGAGCACCUAAUAUAGUUCUAGUGAAGCUGGUGAAGCAAGUUCCAUUAAUUUGAAGAAGGGUACCGCUGGGGUGAUUUUCAUCACCUUCUUUUACACCUUUUCCCACCCUGAAAGGUUUGCAUUGAAGUGAUGUGUAUGGUUUAAGAGUUUUUUGUUUUUUGGGGUUUUUUUUAACUCUUGUACCUAACCACAAGUUUCCUUGUGCCAGAGAAGCUGUCUGGUUCUGUUUGUCAUAAUCAGAUUUGUCUGCCAAAGGACCGGGGAAUACUUCCAUGCCUCACUGAUGUGAAGUAAUACUGUAAGGAUAAUAGUUAUCUCAUGGAAUAGCUUUUAGUAGUUAUCUUCGGGAGCAGCUGCUUGUUAUCCAUGCAAGCUUCUCCUUUGGAGCUCUGGGGGAGCACAGCAGUCGAGGAACCCACUGACUGCAGCAGGACAGCAGUUAGUGCGGUAACCUGAGACUCAUUUCACACCAGGGUGAUGAAGUGCCACUAAGAGGGACGAUGUCUGGGUGAGGAAAGAAGGAUUGGCCAAGUGUGGAAGAUGCAAACAGGCCUUUUAUUGCAAUGUGGAAUGUCAGUGAGGUGUAAGACAGUGUUCUGGGAAUCAAUCCAGUAGUCCUGGAUGGCAGAAUCUUUUUGAAGAACUUGGAGAAGAGGAGUGUUCCCAUGUGCUUUGAUGUAAAAGGCAUAAGGUUUAAAGAACUUCCCUCCCAAAAAUGUUGUCACUCCUAAAUGAAGGGGAAAAUAUUGUGGAUGUAAUGAAAAUAGGAAGAAAAUAUCAUUAAUGUAGCAUUAGGGAUUCAGCUAGAACAAUGCUACUUGUUAUAAUUCAGACUACCUGGAGGAAAACGUGGAAAAGAAUGCAAAAUACAAUCCUGCUGUGAUCGCAGGGAAAGCUGCUGUCAUGGUGCUUCUAUCCCAGGUAAUUUCUCUUGUUUAUUUAGUGGGUGUGUAUGGAUGAGAGUCCUGCAAAGCUUCAGGUUCAGUGCCUUCACUUUUUGAACAAGCACGCUGAAGUUAGUGGGUGUCCUGGGUAAGCAAGAAGAGAAGGAAGACUGGCCAAUGCACAAGCUGGAAUGUGCCUCCAUGUGCACUUUUGGGCAGAACUGGCAACCCUCAGAGACUGUGAGGCUAACAGCAAGGAUCCUUGCCAAACAGAAAACUCACCCUGAAAGAACACAGUCAGAGAAGCUGCUUGCUGUAAGAGAGUUUGAAUCACACCUUGACAAACUAGACAAUGAAAAGAGAGAGCUGAUUCAGAACGACAUUGCUGCUCUGCAUCACUUUUACUCAAAGCACUUGGACUACCCUGACAAUGCUGCCCUUGUAGUUCUCUUUGCACAAGUUAACUGUAAUGGCUUCACAAUUGAGGAUGAAGAACUCUCUCAUCUGGGGUCAGCCAUAUUUCCUGAUGUUGCAUUGAUGAACCAUAGCUGUUGCCCAAAUGUGAUUGUGACUUACAAGGGAACCUUGGCUGAAGUCAGAGCUGUCAGGGAGAUUGAGCCUGGAGAGGAGAUUUUUAGCAGCUAUAUUGACCUGCUGUAUCCCACAGAAGACAGAAAUGACCGGUUAAGAGACUCCUAUUUCUUUAGCUGUGAUUGCAGGGAGUGCACUACAAAAGAAAAGGAUAAAGAGAAACUGGAAAUCUGCAAGCUGAAUGAUCCUCCGUCAGCAGAGACAGUAAAGGACAUGAUCAAAUAUGCCAGGAACGUGAUCGAGGAAUUCAGGCGAGCCAAACACUACAAAUCCCCCAGUGAAUUACUGGAGAUCUGUGAACUCAGCCUGGACAAGAUGGGUGCAGUGUUUGAGGACAGUAAUGUUUAUAUGUUACAUAUGAUGUACCAGGCCAUGGGUGUGUGUCUUUACGUGCAGGACUGGGAAGGUGCGCUGUGUUACGGGCAAAAAAUUAUCAGACCCUACAGUAAACAUUAUCCCUCCUACUCGCUGAAUGUUGCCUCCAUGUGGCUGAAGUUAGGGAGACUGUACAUGACGCUGAAGAACAGGACGGCUGGAGUUAAAGCCCUGAAAAGGGCAAUUGCUAUCAUGGAAGUAGCACAUGGGAAAGAUCAUCCAUACAUUUCAGAGAUCAAAAAGGAAUUAGAGGACCACUGAGCUUUUGAAUCUAUGCAAUCCUUCAAACCUUUAUUUAAAAAGCCUUGUUAUGGAAACCUCCAGGAGUGCUUUGAAAAGCGGUAGAGUAUGAACACAGUUCUGUCCUAUAAUUGGAAUGACAAACACACGUAGGCCUAGCUUCCACACAUCUACAAUUGCCUUUUUUUUUUUUUUUUUUUUUUGUAAGGAAGCAGCCAUGGUUUCUUAAAGGUUAUGCCUUUUGAUGGCUCAUGUGCAGAAAUGGCCAUUUUUUUUCUUUAGGGGUGUUGGUGUGGAUCUUAUUUGUGUAAAGUAAAUAAAGUGGUCUUGGCCCUUCU